UGAAAGGAUUCUAACCAAUCUAACUUAACUUUAAGCUGUGUAAACACCGGGUGCCCAUUAUAAUAUUUUUACGAGCCGAAAUUCACAACGAGUAAUUUUCAAAUUAUGGUGGAUAUGGAUAAUGUAUACGCUGAGAUACAGAUCUUCCUCAUGAAAAAGGAUCAAGAGCGAGGGGAAUUAAAAUUUCUUUCAUCUAGAGCAACGGAUGAGAAUGUCGCAUACAUCGAUGAAGUUUGUAAGAGAGUUGCUGAGAUCCUCCGAUCUAACAGAGUACCAAUGGCGGAGAGUAAAAAGCUGACCGUGGAAUGUGUACAAGUUUACAAAUAUCUUUUACUAAAUACUAAUUUUAAAGCACAGGAGCUGUUGGUCGAAGAUCUGUGUAAUGGACACUUGGUGGAUAUGUGUCCACCUCUGUCUCCGUACUUGUUGAUAGAAAUCCUUUGGAGUCUUGGAUACGAGGAACUUCUUACCGAAUCUAUUUUAUAUCUUCCCUUAGAUUUGUCCGUUGAGAUCCUCGCUAUUACUCGGAACUGCCUCCAGUUCCUUGAGUUUCCACGAGCACUGAAUACCAUCCUAACGUUGAUUUUAAAUAUUUCAAAGAUAUUCGUUUAUGUAAGAGAUCAUGGUUCACAAACUAGAAACAUUGAUGAAAAUUUGAAUGGCCUGAUAAGUAACGCACAGGAGUUGAUCGCUAAACUAUAUGAUCCUAAGUUCAUUAGAAUUCAUGAAGCAUCAGGCAUUAAAAAAUACGAGAGGUACGGCAUAGUGUUGAAAAAGAUUUUGAAUAUGUUUAAAAGCUGCUUGGAUAUUGAAAAAAAUGGUAACAUUUUGCCCAAGGACAUAGAAAAGUUGUAUAAGGUUACAUUUGGUAACAUGCCUGUUGUGCAGGCUAAUAGUUCUGUAAUCAAAGAGCAUUUAAGUACAUUAGCGCAAGACUCAAUGAAUCUCUUCCUGAAAAAGUUUAAAGAGAUCAGCGUUAAUAUCUACAUGGUCUGGGUGGAACUGCAAGACCCUGAAAAUAAUUCGAUAUCUUUACAACGCUCAAUUGGCAUCGAUUGCUACUAUUUCAUUGAAUACGUAAAUGAGAAUCAAUUAUUAGAACAGUGCACCCCUUUAAUGGAAUGUGUGUCGCAGUUAUCUUGUAAUCCAAAUUCGAAUCCAGGUCUCACCACGAUGAAUAUACAGGAACUAUGUGCGCGGGUGGAAGAAGGAAGAAAAGAUUGUUUAAAGGAAUUACUUUGUCGACACAAAGAGUGGGAUAACACGAUCUUGGAUAUUAUAGAAAAGCAGAGGUCAUUGAUCGACAAAAACGACUGCUUCGAUUUACUUCGGAACCUCAAUGAUAUAUUUGAUCACACACAUAAUCAGAAUAUUCAGGAGCGAGCAUAUUCAAUUGUCAUAACAGUUUUAUUCCUUCAAGACAUUACGGACAUAUUUGAAAUUGUGAUAGACUAUAUCCUAAUGUGCAAUGUAGAAGAUACUUUUCCAAACUUCGCCGAAGACUUCAAAGAAUUCAUUACACUUAAUGCGAACAUAAAGAUGCCAAGGAACUUGAGAAUCGUUCUAUAUUUCAUGAUGUACUGUCCAAGAAAAGUGAUUACUAUUUUACUGAAAAUCGUGCUUGGAUGCCCUGACUACGACACCGUCAUGAUACCACUGAAUGACCUCCUCGUUCUGGCUCCAAUUUUCAAAAUUCGUGACAUCAAUAAGGAAAUGCUAUUAACUAAUAUCUUGCAGGAAAUUUGCAUGGAUAACGUGGCAUGGAAUGAGAAAAAAUGUAAUGAUCUGAUUAAUUUCCUCAUCGAAAACCAUGUAAUUGACAUAGACAGUAUCUUCAACAAUAUUUUCAUCCCCUAUUUGGAGUCAGAAUUAUUGGUGCCCUCAAAUAUGUUGACGAUGCUUUGUUGCAUCAGUAGUUAUGAACACAAAUUUGGUGCCAAAAUGAAGGUAGAUUCUCUCUUCCAAGCCCUUGCGAUAAAGUUAUCGACAUUGAGAAAACGGAAGGACAUCAGUCAACUCUGUAAGGAACGGUUGCUUAAUAUAAUAGGCAGACGAAUAAGUAAUUUGUCACGGGGGCAAAAUAAGUAUUUCCAUAUUAGCAGGGUAGACAAUGUUAUAGGACAUGUUGAGACCUUCUUAGAGCCAAUGGACAAACUUUAUUUCGAUUCCCUGUGGUCCGUCCCGAGGAAUGGAUUCAACGUGACCGACGUAAUGAUUGACUACGAAAGGAAAUGUUUUUCAGUAAGAAACAGAAUUAAGCAAAGUGAGCGAAUCUCAAGGACCGUUUCCAGUGCCUUGGAGUCCAUCGUAAUUCUCCGCGAGGAUUUCUUGCGCCAUUUGAUUUUACGAAGCACGGUAUAUGAGUACACGAAAUUCGGAUACGAGAGCACUGCCAUCUACUGGAGCCAUUUUGGGUGGAUCGAUAAAAUAGAUGCCUUGGAUAAUUUCUUCAGGAUAACCGUCGAAGCAGCCAUCCUUAGUUUAGAGAUCCCAACAGCAGUCAACCCACACGCAUUUCUAUGUUUGAUACACGGCCUGACUGGAUUCCUGAGAGAGGUCAUCCGCACCGGGUUAUUCGACGAUAUCUAUCGGCUUCUAAUUAAGCACAUCAAAGUAUUAAACAAGAGUGUGAAGCAAUCACCUUACGCACUCUUUUGGCCUGAUAUAACCGAAAAUAGGUUUGCUGAUUGCACCACAGAUAUCCGCAUCCAUAACAUCAUGGAUUACUUCAAUUUGUUUAGAGUCGAUUGUAUGAAAUAUGACGUCAUGAUCGAACCACAGAAUCCACCAUCGGUCGAAAUGACCAGGUUUUCUAUCAUGUACGACUUCAUCUCCGCUUGCUUGCAGGCUUCCACAACAGAGUGCUAUGAAUGUUUAACAAGAAUGGACAAAUUGCUGUUUCCACAACGCUACUCGAAAUAAGUGUCACCCUCCGAGUCAUUCCUCGUGAAGCUAGUCAUAAUUUUUCAUCUCCCCGUCAUGAAUCAGAGUUGGCUCCCGAGAAGUACACAAUAAUUAUUCCGCGUAUUGCAAAUUGCUUUUCUACACAUUCCCUGUAUACUUUGCAAAAGAAGACAUCAUCGACAAGAGAACCGUCGGGUAUGUAGAUAAUCACAUCCAACACUUAUAAGACUGUUAAAUGGACUGCAGUUAUAAUUUUUCAAUAAACCGAGUCCCGCAUUUAUAAACCCCGUUUUUCGCAUCUCCCGAAAGAUAUUUUUCCCAGGCGACUUCAAAAAUAUCCGACCAGGUAGUUUAUCGGGAAAUGCGCCUCAAACUUCUUACCGCGGAAGUGCCAUUUAUCUCUCCCUCCCUAUCUCGAGCCUUAUCACACUUUCUUUUCCUCUGCCCAUUUUUAGACGAGCCACUUCCCAACAAGACCUCUCCGAAAAUAAGAGAUGUCUUUAAAAAAGGGAAAGGAAAAAUGAACAACGCCGCAGAUAAUGUCUAAACCGAGAUACUUCCUCCGUCCUCUCUUUAAAGGCCAAAAAAGAGACCCGAACGAAAGGAACCGCAUAUCUCGACAAACCUUGAAAACAAAUAAACCUCCAACGGGGUCUGGCGUUGAAAUAAAAUUUAUUUUAAGAAACUUUUUCUCGCCGUAAUAUAUAGUAAAUGUACAAAUUUUAGGUAAUGGAAAGGAUCGCGCCUCUCGAUCAUUGCGGCUAUGGGCGAGUAAAAAUCCCUUAGCCUAACCGAAUGGCUUUGCGCAACAAUCGGCAAGGACGCGUAACGCGAAAUUCGCAUCGGCCGAUUCACCCUUAGGACUCUUUUCUUUUUUUUUUCCACCUUUUCGACGGCCCAUCCCUCGAGUGUCCUUAAGGUAAUUGAAAUAAAACGACAAGGCCGAGGUUGUGCGCACGGCCAUCCAAUUAACAGCAGCCCCGAGAGUGACUUCCAUUCUAUUGUUAUAUUUGUGCGAUACUGCCAAAUGCCAAUACAGUGGUUAAUGAUUUAAAAAAAAAAAAAGAAAAAUUGUGAAAAAGUUGCGUACAAGGAAAAAAUGUGCACCAGUUCAGCAGGACAAGGGUGAAGAAAAGGAGAGAAUAGACAACGGAAAAAAAAAAAAAAAAUAAAGAAAGAAGAGCGAAAAAUAAAACGAAAAAGGGAGAAACAGGAUAAAAACAAUCGCCGAAUUGGCGGCCUCCCGAAUGCACCGCACCCGAGUGAUAACGCGAGGCAGCCUCCCGAAUGCACCGCGCCCUACUGAUAACGCGCGGCCAUUCCGCAGCGGAAAAGACUCCUCAUUAGGUUCCAAGCCUAGGAGAGUACGACCGGAGAAGAGAGAUUCGAAAAGAAAAAAUAAUAGAAACAAAGAACUCGCGCUAAACCGACGAGAAGACGAACCCCGAGGAUUCGGAGGAAUCCGCGAUUUGGCGAAAUUCAAGCGGCCCGAAAAACGGCCGACUCGUCCGAUCCGGUCCGUCACCGACACGUAAACGUAACGUCACCGUUCCGACGAAAGCGUUAAAAAGAAAGAUAAAAAAAAUUAGAAACAAUUACACGAUCGGAUUAAUUAAGGCGCCGAACAUGAGACUUAACGCGAACGUUUAAUUCGAUCCAAGCUCUCGGAUGGAAUGGACCGAGGGUCCAGGUUGAAACUGUCAUCGGUAAUAUUGCGGAUUCUCCCGGAGACACUCGAGGAGGCCUCCUCUCGGCCUCGGAUCGGCACUCGAGAGACUCGCGAGUCACGAGACUUUCGUAAUGACUAGAUCACCAUCCUGGUAGUCCCGAUCAGCGUCGACGCCCGAGGAGUGCGCCCGGGUCUCGGUAACUUCGGAGAGUACGUUUAGGUAUUUUUACAAUGUUUACACUUAGACCCGCUCCCCUUUAUACAAAAGUCCGCACGCGCGACGUUCCCCGGCGACGCGACGAGUCGAAUGCGUCGACCUAAGCACAGCUCGGAUUUGGAAAAGUCACGCCACAAGGUUCAACUUCUACGGCAAAUCGCCGAGUCAAAAAGAAAUUCAGGCCGCGCCCCAAAGGUGCCUACGCAGUAUUUAUUCAUUUGCAUAUUCCCGCCAACAGAAAACAUUUAACGAGACAAAUGCUGCCCUGUGUGCGGGAAGAUCCACCCGGACACAUGGGUAGAUCGAGUGCUCCUCGAAGCACUGUACAUGUACUUGGCGCGCGACCUGACCGAACGAUUCGAGUGACAAAACGCACAUUCAGCGUUUAGCAAGGAGUAGUUCUACUUGAUUAAAAAAAAAAUAAUAAUAAAGAAAAGAAAAUUACUCUAGUCAAAAAAUCCAACUCGUCACAUCCCUAGCGUUCCCCUCAAGGACGAUCGCCACGUGUUCGCACCGAGAUGAAGUACCUCGAGAAAUCGAUCUCGAUCGAUCGACCCACGGCCGAGUCCAAUUAUUAAGUUCAUUCGGGCCUUCGACAAGAGGUUUAAAAAAUUAUUCCGCCAGGGUCGAUCGAUCGAAAACGGAGCCGAAAUAGACCUGGGACGCCGUAACAGUCUUCGCCGACGCCAGGCGCCGAGAUCCGUCGAAAAGAGGCAUCGAGGUAUAAAAACGCGUAAAGGAUAUUCGUUGUGCAGGCAAUUCUGAUUUCCCUCGUCCUUGGAUCCCUUUCCGCGGAUCUCGGUGCGUGUACAAAAACGAGGAGAGAAAAUUCGCCAGUCGGCGAUUCGUCCCUCCUGGGUGCGGAUAAAAAAAAAAAAAGAAAACCGACAUCGAAGCGUUACACCAAGUUAUCUCUAUCGAGGCUUAUCGGAUGGCAUGUUACGGAAAAACUAACCGAGACGUCCUGUCUUUAUCGGGAGUUAAACGAAACGGGGUUCCUUUCCCUCCCCCGGAAUUUUUCGAGAAAACGCAGAUACGCGGGUCCUUCCUCGGGAGGACCUUCCCUCACAGGGAUCCGGGAGGAGUCGACGAUAAAAAGGUCUCCCCCGGAAAAAGCAAACAUUUCCCGAGGGUAUUGUCCGCCACAGCUGUUACUAGUUCCGCCGCGAAAUCAAACGACCGACAUCCUUAAAUAACCACCCGAUGUCGCGCGAAGCGUGACCGUAAUGGGAAGGAAAAUUAAAAAAAAAAAAGGAGUAACUUUUUGUUUAAAUUAAAAAAC